CGAAUGACGAAACAUGAGCUUCUGUGGCUCAAAUGUGGCUGAAAGACACGUCAACCGGCUCAACCAGUCCAAACAAUAAAACUGGGGCGCAUUCCACCUUCAACCCCACAUUCGCUCCAUCUCCACGCCUCCUUGCGUUAGGCUAACCUCGCCUUCUCUCGCUAGCCAUGGCGGAGCCCCUGGAGAUUCCGCGUCGCAGCCGCUUUCAGGAAGGCACCAUGAACAGCACCACCAGCAUCCACCCGCCCCCCGCUGAGUUCCGCGACUUCGAGGGAGAGGAUGUAGAUAUGCGGAGUUCCCAGAACGAGCCGCCUACUGCUACUACUACGUCGGUCACAGCGCCAGCCCAACACCAGAGCAUCUAUUCACGCUUCUCCCGCGCCGCCGCCUUCCUGUUCCGCGGCUCCACCUUUGCCGGCCUAGGGAAGCGAAAGCGAGAAGAACGCGACGUCGACGGGGACGAGAGAAAGCAGAAAGCAGAGCAUGCCCUCGCCGAAGCAAGGAAGUUGGGUCUGCUUCCCGCUCCAAAGGUGUUUGUCAGACCGCGUGCGCAAGCCCGAGGUGUUGCUAUCGACCCGACAACCGGCACUGCACGUCUAACCCGUACCGUAUCCUCAGCCUCUGUCACCGCGCCUGGAACACCUCGUCCUCGGUCCACUCCAUCCAAAAAGGAUCUUGAGCGACAAGAGCGGCUCCGUAGGAAAAUCUCGAAUAUCGAGCAGGAACUCGCCAACACGCAGCGCAAGCUCAAAGAAGCGUUGGAUCGGACGAGCUAUAGCGCAUCGCAACCGUCCUCUCCGGCCGUCGGUGUCAAGAAGCGCAAGAUUAGCGACGACGCUGAGAACCACGAUGAUGUGGAUUCGACGUACAGCUCUUUCUCAAGCGACGAGGCUGUGCAGCGGAGCGAUAGCAAGAGGCUGAAGAAGUCGCGCAGUAGCAGGUCGACGUUGAGGAAGAGACACAUGCAGCAUACUCCGACUGAGGAUAUCGUUACUGUUGUCCCGGAUGGAGUCAGCGUGCCGCAGGUCCCUGCUAUUCCGGAGGGUGUCGAUGGGAAACGCGCCGAGGUCGUUGCUGCGAGUAGGAAGAGCGAUGACGGGUACGGCGGCCUGGCUCAUGAAAUUUUCUGAGUGAUGAGGGUUGUGCUACUCACCGAAGCAACUUUAACCAGUCCGGUUCGCUUUGAGAAAGCGUCUUACAAACCACUUCAGAGUGUAUUCAUAGGUUUUGCU